UUUAGUGUAGCGCGCAUUGACACAAAUAAACACGUGCACACGUGUUGUCUGCGAACGACAGAACCAAUCCGCUAAUUAACCGUUCAAUUGUAAUUAUAGAAGUUCAGGCAUUUGGCGAGGCGCAAUAUCUGCGAAAUGAACGAAGCGAAUUGUUAUCUUGUGCUGGAGGAUGGCACCAUGAUGCCGGGCUGGGCAUUCGGCGCUAAGAGCACGCCCACAAGCGGGGAGGUGGUGUUCCAAACGGGCAUGGUCGGCUACACGGAGGCCUUGACGGAUCGCUCGUACAGUGCGCAGAUUCUGGUCCUGACCUAUCCGCUAAUUGGCAACUAUGGAGUGCCGGAUGUCAACGAACUGGACGAGUUUGGACUGCCGGAGCACUUUGAGUGGCUGCAGGGCGCCGUCCAGGUGGCCGGCCUGGUGGUGGGCGAGAUUUGCGACACGCCCUCGCAUUGGCGUUCACAGCGCACGCUGUCCCAGUGGCUGGCGGAGCACAAGGUGCCUGGCAUCAGCGGCAUCGAUACGCGCGCCCUGACCAAGAAGCUGCGCGAGCAGGGCAGCCUGCUGGGACGCAUUGUCUAUGAAAAGCCGGGCAAGCAGCUGGCCCCGUUCGAGGAUCCCAACGAGCGCAAUCUGGCCAAGGAGUGCGCCGUCAAGGAGCCGCUGCUGUACAAGUCGCCGCAGAAUAGUGGACCACGCAUUGCCAUCAUGGAUUGCGGUCUGAAACUGAAUCAGCUGCGCUGUUUGGUGCAGCGCGGCGCGUCCGUGCAGCUGCUGCCCUGGAGCGCAGAGCUGAAGGAGGAUCAGUACGAUGCGCUGUUCCUAUCGAAUGGACCGGGCGAUCCGGCCAGCUGCCAACCGAUUGUGGAGCAAGUGAAGCGCGUUCUGCAGGCUGGCAACAAGCCCAUCUUUGGCAUCUGCCUGGGCCAUCAGCUGCUGGCCACGGCCAUCGGCUGCGACACCUACAAGAUGAAGUACGGCAAUCGUGGCCACAAUUUACCCUGCCUGCAUCGCGCCACUGGGCGCUGUCUGCUCACCUCGCAGAAUCACGGUUAUGCCGUCGAUCUGGCCAAGUUGCCCGCCGACUGGGAGGAGCUGUUUGUCAAUGCCAACGAUGGCACCAACGAGGGCAUUGUGCACCGCACCAAGCCCUACUUCUCGGUUCAGUUCCAUCCGGAGCAUCAUGCCGGUCCCAAGGACACCGAGUUCCUCUUCGAUGUUUUUCUCGAAGCCAUAAGCCAGCCGCAAAUAGGCGUGCCCAAUCUAAUCUCACGUCGGCUGCGCGUCACCCAGCCCGAGGCGCUGCCGCGACCUCGCAAGGUGCUCAUAUUGGGCUCCGGCGGCCUGUCAAUUGGCCAGGCCGGCGAAUUCGACUAUUCCGGCUCGCAGGCCAUCAAGGCCAUGCGCGAGUCAAAUAUACAAACGGUGCUGAUCAAUCCCAACAUUGCCACCGUCCAGACGUCCAAGGGCAUGGCGGACAAGUGCUAUUUCCUGCCCCUGACGCCCGACUAUGUCGAGCAGGUCAUCAAAUCGGAGCGGCCCAACGGCGUCCUGCUCACCUUUGGCGGCCAGACGGCCCUCAACUGCGGCGUCGAACUGGAGCGUGCCGGUGUCUUUGCCAAGUACAAUGUACGCAUCCUGGGCACGCCCAUACAAUCGAUCAUCGAGACGGAGGAUCGCAAGCUGUUCGCCCAGCGUGUCAAUGAGAUUGGCGAACGCGUGGCGCCAUCCGAGGCGGUGUAUACCGUGGCCGAGGCCCUAGAUGCAGCCGGCCGUUUAGGUUAUCCAGUGAUGGCACGUGCCGCCUUCUCGUUGGGCGGCCUGGGCUCCGGGUUUGCCAACAACGAGCAGGAGCUGAGGACGCUCGCCCAGCAGGCGCUCGCCCAUUCCAAUCAGCUAAUUGUGGACAAGUCGCUUAAGGGCUGGAAAGAGGUGGAGUACGAGGUGGUGCGCGAUGCCUACGACAAUUGCAUCACGGUCUGCAACAUGGAGAAUUUCGAUCCGCUGGGCAUACACACGGGCGAGAGCAUUGUGGUCGCGCCCUCGCAAACCCUCUCCGAUCGCGAAUACCAAAUGCUGCGCAGCACCGCACUCAAGGUAAUCCGGCACUUCGGCGUCGUCGGCGAGUGCAACAUUCAGUAUGCGCUUUGCCCGCACUCGGAGCAGUACUACAUCAUCGAGGUGAACGCCAGGCUGUCGCGCAGCUCGGCGCUGGCCAGCAAGGCGACCGGCUACCCGCUGGCAUAUGUCGCCGCCAAGCUGUCGCUGGGCGAGCCGCUGCCGGAGAUCCGCAACUCGGUGACGGGCAAUACGACGGCCUGCUUUGAGCCCAGCCUGGACUACUGUGUGGUGAAGAUACCACGCUGGGAUUUGGCCAAAUUCGUGCGCGUCAGCAAGCACAUUGGCAGCUCCAUGAAGAGCGUCGGCGAGGUGAUGGCCAUUGGACGCAGCUUCGAGGAGGCAUUCCAGAAGGCAUUGCGCAUGGUUGACGGCGAUGUCCAGGGCUUCGAUCCGUAUCUGGCGCCGGUCGAAAAGGAGCAGCUAUCGGAGCCGACAGAUCGUCGUCCCUUUGUGCUGGCCGCUGCCCUCCGUGCGGGCAUGUGCAUCGAGGAGCUGCACGAGCUGACCAAAAUCGAUCGCUGGUUCCUGCACAAGCUGCAGCACAUCAUCCAGUUCUAUGGCCAGCUGGAGUCGGCUGGCAGUCAGCUGACGCCGGCCCUGCUGCUCAGCGCCAAGCGCUUGGGCUUCGCAGACAAGCAGAUCGCCAUGGCCACCAAGAGCACGGAACUGGCCGUGCGCCAGCAGCGCCACGAGCACAACAUUCGCCCCUACGUCAAGCAGAUUGACACCGUGGCGGGCGAAUGGCCCGCCAGCACCAAUUACCUAUACAACACGUACAAUGCAUCCGAGCAUGAUGUCCUCUUUCCCGGUGGCCAUACGAUUGUCGUCGGCUCGGGUGUCUAUCGCAUUGGCUCCUCCGUGGAGUUCGAUUGGUGCGCCGUCGGUUGCCUGCGGGAGCUGCGCAAUCUGAAGAAGUCGACCAUCAUGAUUAACUACAAUCCGGAAACGGUGUCCACCGAUUACGACAUGUGCGAUCGCUUGUACUUUGAGGAGAUUAGCUUCGAGGUCGUCAUGGAUAUCUACGAGACGGAGCGCUCCGAUGGCAUCAUACUCUCGAUGGGCGGCCAGUUACCGAACAAUAUUGCCAUGGAUCUGCAUAGGCAGCAGGCCAAGGUGCUUGGCACCUCGCCCGAGUCGAUUGACUGUGCCGAGAAUCGUUUCAAGUUCUCGCGCAUGCUGGACAGAAAGGGCAUCUUGCAGCCGCUGUGGAAGGAGCUGACCAAUCUUCAGUCAGCCGUUGAGUUCUGUCAGGAGGUGGGCUAUCCGUGCCUGGUGCGACCCUCCUAUGUGCUCUCGGGUGCGGCCAUGAAUGUGGCCUACUCAGAUCAGGAUCUGGAGACGUAUCUGAAUGCCGCUUCGACGGUGAGUCGCGAGCAUCCUGUGGUCAUAUCCAAGUUCUUGACCGAAGCCAAGGAAAUCGACGUGGACGCCGUUGCAGCCGAUGGCCAAAUCUUGUGCAUGGCCGUCUCCGAGCAUGUGGAGAACGCGGGCGUUCAUUCGGGCGACGCGACGCUGGUCACGCCGCCGCAGGACUUGAAUGCCGAGACCCUGGAGGCCAUCAAGCGCAUCACACGCGACCUGGCCAGCGUCCUGGAUGUCACCGGACCCUUCAACAUGCAGCUCAUUGCCAAAAACAACGAGCUAAAGGUCAUCGAAUGCAAUGUCCGUGUCUCGCGCUCCUUUCCCUUCGUAUCCAAAACACUCGACCAUGAUUUUGUUGCCACGGCCACACGCGCCAUUGUUGGCAUGGACGUGGAGCCCAUCGAUGUGCUUCACGGCGUCGGCAAGGUGGGCGUCAAGGUGCCACAGUUCAGUUUCUCGCGCCUCGCCGGCGCCGACGUCCAGCUGGGCGUCGAGAUGGCUUCCACCGGCGAGGUGGCCUGCUUUGGCGACAAUCGCUACGAGGCCUACCUAAAAGCGAUGAUGUCCACCGGCUUCCAGAUACCCAAAAAUGCCAUUCUGCUAUCCAUUGGCAGCUUCAAGCACAAAAUGGAGCUGCUUUCCUCCAUUCGAGAUCUGGCCAAAAUGGGCUACAAGCUGUACGCCUCGAUGGGCACCGGUGACUUCUACGCGGAGCACGGCGUUGACGUGGAGUCCGUACAGUGGACAUUCGAUAAGACAACACCCGAUGAUAUCAAUGGAGAGCUGCGACAUUUGGCCGAGUUUCUGGCCAACAAGCAAUUCGAUCUGGUCAUCAAUUUACCCAUGCGUGGUGGCGGAAUCCGCAGGGUCUCAUCAUUCAUGACGCAUGGCUAUCGGACACGUCGCCUGGCGGUCGACUAUUCAAUACCGCUGGUGACGGACGUCAAGUGCACCAAGCUGCUGGUGGAAUCGAUGCGUGUGACUGGCCGCAAUCCGGGCAUGAAGACGCACACCGACUGCAUGACGUCGCGUCGCAUUGUUAAGCUGCCGGGCUUCAUAGACGUGCAUGUGCAUCUGCGGGAGCCGGGCGCCACCCAUAAGGAGGACUUCGCCAGCGGCACCGCAGCCGCCCUAGCCGGCGGCGUCACAAUGGUCUGUGCCAUGCCCAACACGAAUCCGGCAAUUGUGGAUCGCGAGACGUUCAAUCAAUUCCGCGAGCUGGCCCGAGCCGGGGCCCGCUGCGACUAUGCGCUAUAUGUGGGCGCCUCGGACACCAACUGGGAGCAUGCCCAUGAGCUGGCCACGCAGGCGUGCGGCCUAAAGAUGUACCUCAACGAUACGUACGGCACGCUGAGGCUCAGCGACAUGGCCGCCUGGCAGCGUCACCUGUCGCGCUGGCCCAAGCGGGCGCCCAUCGUUUGUCAUGCGGAGCGGCAGAGCAUGGCGGCCGUUAUGCUGCUGGCCCAUCUGCUGGAGCGGCCGAUCCACAUUUGCCAUGUGGCGCGCAAGGAGGAGAUUCAGCUGAUACGUGCCGCCAAGGAGAAGGGCAUGAAGGUUACCUGCGAGGUGUGUCCGCAUCAUCUGUUCCUCAGCACGCGCGAUCUGGAGCGCCUGGGCGCCGGCAUGGCGGAGGUGCGACCGCUGCUGUGCUCGCCCGAGGAUCAGGAAGCGCUCUGGGAGCACAUGGAGUACAUUGAUGUGUUUGCCACAGAUCAUGCACCGCACACGCUCGCUGAGAAGCAAUCGGAGCGGCCGCCGCCCGGUUUCCCCGGCCUGGAGACCAUAUUGCCGCUGCUGCUGCAGGCCGUGCACGAGGGUCGCAUCACCCUGGAGGAUAUUAAGCGCAAGUUUCAUCGCAAUCCGCGCAAUAUUUUCAAUUUGCCCGAGCAGCCGCAGACAUACGUGGAGAUUGAUCUGGACGAGGAGUGGACCAUCAGCAACAACGAACUAAAGACCAAAGCCCGCUGGACGCCCUUCCACGGCACCAAGGUGAAGGGUCGCGUCCAUCGAGUCGUGCUGCGCGGCGAGGUCGCCUACAUUGAUGGCCAAGUGCUGGUCCAGCCCGGCUAUGGCCAGAAUGUGCGCUCCAAGCUGCCGCUGCCGCAAAAGUCCGAGGCCGAAGGCAGCGACCUGCCCAGCGAUACCGAUGUCAACGACACCUUCUCCCGUCUAUUGACCGAAGGCACCGGCACAGCAACUGGCACCGGCGCCACGGGUUCACGUGCCACCAGCGUGCAUUUCGUGGACGAAGCCGGCGCAAGUACAUCGCCGGCGGCGGGCAGCAUCUUGCGUCCGGUGUCGCCGGCGCCACGACUGCGUCUCGACUCGUCCAGCAAUGCCACGCUGAAGGAGUACCUGCAGAAGAACUCGCUGCUGCCCACGCCUAAUCCGGUGGCACACUGCUUGGUCGGCAAGCAUGUCCUAUCCGUGGACACCUUCGACAAGGAGCGGCUGAACGACAUAUUUAACUUGGCGCAGCUGCUGAAAUCGCGCGUGACCAAAGACCGGCCCGUUGACGACUUGCUGCGCGGCAAAAUCAUGGCCAGCAUCUUUUACGAGGUGAGCACACGCACCCAGUGCAGCUUCAGUGCGGCAAUGCAGCGCCUGGGCGGACAUGUCAUCAACAUGGAUCAGGUCACCUCGUCGGUGAAGAAGGGCGAAACACUCGAGGACAGCAUCAAGGUGAUGGCCAGCUAUGCGGAUGUCCUGGUGCUCCGUCAUCCCGAGCCGGGCGCCGUUGCGCGCGCCGCUUCGUUUUCGCGCAAGCCGCUGAUCAAUGCCGGCGACGGGGUCGGUGAGCAUCCCACGCAGGCGCUGCUGGAUGUCUUCACCAUACGUGAGGAAAUCGGUACCGUCAACGGUCUAACAAUCACCAUGGUUGGCGACCUCAAGAACGGACGCACUGUCCACUCGCUGGCACGUCUGCUCACCCUCUACAAUAUCACGCUGCAGUACGUGGCCCCGCCAGGCCUCGGCAUGCCCGAGCCCAUUAUGCGCUAUCUGCAGCAACGCGGCGUCACGCAGCUAACGUUCGACAGCAUAGAGCAGGCGCUGCCCACCACCGAUGUGCUCUACAUGACACGCAUCCAGCGCGAACGCUUCAAGAGCGAGGAGGAAUACCAGCGCUGCUGCGGCCACUUUAUUGUCACGCCCAAAAUGAUGACACGGGCAAAUAAGCGUACCAUUGUGCUGCAUCCGCUGCCGCGCGUCGAGGAGAUUAGCCGCGACUUUGACUCGGAUCCUCGUGCGGCCUACUUCCGACAGGCUGAGUACGGCAUGUACAUUCGCAUGGCGCUGCUGGCCAUGGUCGUUGGCUGUCGCAGCACGGCGCUCUGA